AAUUACGUCAAAGAGGCUGUCAGAGAAGGGCGGGACAGACUGAGGUUACUGCAGAGAGAGGCAGACAAGGAAUCGGAAAAAAGGAAGAAUGACGUUUAAUUAAAUAAAUGCACUGAACAUCAUCAACCAGUAAGGACCGUUUCAUGCAUCUUAAUAUAGACUGCAUGAGAUUGAAUUGAUUCAGCUCACAAAAUUCCCCAGAAGUUGACUGAAGGACUGGCAACCAGGCUGCAGGCCCCACUCAUGACAAGAUGUCUGCCAGGGAGCGGAGUCCUCGCCACAGGCCGUGGUCUGUGUAUCGGGCCAACACCUUUGACCUCUCCUCUGAGAUGAUGGGAUUAACUCUAGCAGGCAAUAGCCAAGAUCCAGAUGAACCUGUAUUAGAAUUUAGUCUAGCUUGCAGCGAACUAAUAACACCAUCACUGGAUCGUAAACCAAAUAGUUUUGUAGCAGUAAGUGUAACUACACCCCCUCAAGCAUUCUGGACAAAGCAUGCCCAAACAGAGAUUAUAGAGGGCACAAGCAAUCCUAUAUUCCUAAGCAGCAUUGCGUUUUUCCAGGACUCUCUAAUCAAUCAGCAGACACAGGUGAAGCUUUCAGUGUACGAUGUGAAGGAUCGAUCUCAGGGAACAAUGUAUUUACUGGGCUCUUCAUUGUUCACUGUGAAAGAACUGCUACUGGAGAAACAACACAGGUUACAUCUGAUGCUAAGGUCUGCUGAAAAUGAGAGAGUGGGUAAUAUCACAAUUAUAGCAUGGCAGAUGGAGGAGAAAAGAGACCAAAGGGCUCCAGUGACACGGUUGCCUGACACUAUCAACGGAAGGAUGGUCCUUCCAGUUGAUGAAAGCUUAACAGAGUCUUUAGGAAUUAGAGCAAAAUAUGCAUCAUUAUGCAAAGACACUUUAUUAAAAUCAGUGUUUGGUGGUGCAAUGAGUCGGAUGUACCGUCUCCCUACCACAGAUGGGAACCACCUGCGAAUACUUGAGCAGAUGGCAGAAAGUGUGCUUUCUAUCAAUAUCCCACGACAGUUUGUAAAACUGCUCCUUGAAGAAGACGCAGCCAGAGUUUGUGAGCUGGAAGAACUGGGGGAGCUGUCACCCUGUUGGGAGGGUCUUCGGCGGCAGAUUGUUACCCAGUAUCAAACCAUCAUACUGAACUACCAGGAAACACUGACCGACCUGCAUCAGUAUAAAGGGCCAUCUUUCAAAGCUAGCAAUUUAAAAGCUGAAAAGAAAUUGGAGUUUCUUCCAACCAACCUCCACAUCCAGAGAAUGAGAGUACAAGAUGACUCAGGUGCAGAUCUGACAUAUGACAUAGUUACUAUCGGAGCACCAGCGGCACAUAGUCAGGGCUUUAAAAAUGGAGGCCUCAGGAAGCUCAUUCACAAGUUUGAAGAAGCCAAAAAACACGUUUAUGAGGAGGGUUGCAGUUCCAUGUCCAGCUCGCAGUCCAUAGUUUACAUACCACAGGACAUUAUGAGAGCAAAGGAGAUCAUAGCACACAUCAAUACUCUGAAGACCCAGGUCAGUUACUAUGCUGAGAGACUCUCAAGGGCAGCCAAGGACCGCUCCUCAAAUGGCCUGGAAAGAACACUUGCCAUCUUAGCAGAUAAGACUAGACAGCUGGUGACUGUGUGUGACUGUAAAUUACUGGCAAACGCAAUCCAGGCGCUGAAUGCUGCUCGACCUGAGUACAUUGCCUCUAAAACCUCCCCCACAGCUGGGGACGCAGACCAAGUGAUGCUCAGGAAUGAUCAGGACACCCUGGUGGCGAGGUGGACUGGCAGAAAUAGCCGGUCAUCACUGCACAUCAGUUGGCACGAAGAGGAGUGGGAAAAAGUUUGGCUGAAUGUCGACAAAAGCCUGGAAUGCAUUAUCCAGCGUGUUGACAAACUGCUUCAGAAGGAGCGUCUGCAAAGUGACAGCCUUGAGGACGUGUUCCAGUGCGAUCUAACCUGCACCAGCAAGAAAGGUAACCUGGAGAGGCGUGCGUACUGGAUCAAUCCAGACUACAGAGGUGACACUAGCUCAUCAUCAACAUCACCAUCAUCCUCAUCAUCCCCAGUGUCAUCUAUAUGCCAUUUUCACACACACAAAAAUUGCAACACCCCUGCUGAGGAGGCUGCUCCAGGAGAAUGGAGCGAGGCCCUUUAUCCAUUGCUAACGACUCUCACAGACUGUGUAGCUAUGAUGAGUGAUAAAGCUAAAAAAGCUAUGGUAUUCCUGCUAAUGCAAGACACUGCCCCAACAAUAGCUAUGGACCUGAGUCUUCAGUACCGGAGGGAUGUUGUCUUUUGUCAGACACUGACAGCCCUGAUUUGUGGAUUUAUAAUCAAGUUGAGGAACUGCCUUCAUGAUGAUGGAUUCCUGCGUCAACUCUACACCAUUGGCCUGUUGGCACAGUUUGAAAGUCUUCUUAGUACAUAUGGAGAAGAGCUGUCAAUGCUUGAAGACAUGAGCAUAGGAAUUCUGGAUCUGAGGAACGUGACCUUCAAGGUUACACAGGCAACUUCAGCGUCAUCUCCGGAUAUGUUGCCAGUUAUCACGGGAAAUCGUGAUGGAUUUAAUGUGAGGAUCCCUCUGCCCGGCACAAUGUUUGAUGCACUGCCCAGAGAGAUCCAGAACGGAAUGCUGCUACGAGUACAGCCUGUUCUCUUCAAUGUGGGAAUCAAUGAGCAGCAAACACUUGCAGAAAGGUUUGGAGACACAUCAUUACAAGAAGUCAUUAACAUGGAAAGUUUAGCUCGCCUGAAUUCCUAUUAUGAGCAGUUUAAAGAAGUUUUGCCUGAAGAUUGUCUACCUCGAUCGCGCAGCCAGACUUGCUUGCCAGAAUUAUUAAGAUUUCUCGGCCAGAAUGUGCAUGCAAGGAAAAACAAAAAUGUGGAUAUCCUCUGGCAAGCAGCGGAGAUUUGUCGUCGCCUGAAUGGAGUUCGCUUCACCAGCUGUAAAAGUGCCAAGGAUAGGACAGCCAUGUCAGUGACACUGGAACAGUGUCUGAUCCUACAACAUGAGCACGGGAUGGCCCCCCAGGUCUUUACACAGGCCUUGGAUUGUAUGAGGAGUGAGGGUUGUCGCCGAGAAAACACCAUGAAGAAUGUUGGAUGUCGCAAGUAUGCCUUUAAUACUCUGCAGUUGAAGGCUUUUCCAAAACAUUACAGGCCUCCAGAAGGAACCUAUGGGAAAGUUGAAACUUGAUAGGACAUAAAAAAAUAUAUAUAUGUACAAACUUUUAAACUUAAGAUAAAACAGAACAUUGUGGAUUGCUUAAUGCACUGUUAAAUGUUGUAGUUAGUGAUAUUAAAACAAACAAAACAAAAACACAACAGGUAGAGCCAACAAAACAGUUUUGUAGAGAUUUCACUGAGUUACGCCACUCCAUUGUUUACACAAGAAUAUAGAGUAGAUAAAGCAUGCUUCUUCGACAUACUCGGUUAAAUAGGACAAGAAAUAAACCUCUAAUUAAUAGUAGUGUACUGUACAAUCAACUAUUAAUGCAACUGUUUUUUCUUCAUUCCUUGCACAUAAAAGCACUUCACACACUGUAUCAAGUAUACAUGUUAUUGAGUGUAAACCUCCAUGGUUAGGGAACUGUGAUUAAAACUCUGCUUCAAACUGAACCACUUUUGUGAAAAACUGGUAUAAAUUUAGGCUGAAUUAAACUGGUGUUUAGGUUUGAAAAUAAAUGAAUGUGAAAAUAGAACAGUGGUAGAAAAUCCCAGGAAAGUCACUGGAGGUUUUAAAAUAUACAUUUCAGUCUAAUUAAGUUGAAAAAGGUUUGGUGGGUUUGUGACAAGUCAUUAAAUAUUGUGAUAAAGACCUAAAUUAGUAAAACAAAAUAUAUGACAUUCCAGUUAACAUCUCUUAUGUAACCAAAAUUUUCUUUAUUAUUUCCCAGUGAAAAUAUUUCAAUUUAUUAACCUCAAUGUGUACUGUAAGCAUGCUUCAGUUUCCGUAAAGUGACAGAUUCCACAGAAUGCAAUUUUCCCUGGGAUUGCUGUGCUGCACUACUGUGAGUGUCUUAAGAAAUGAACAAUGAGGCAAACGUUCAAUACACUUUAUCUCAUUGGGUUUUUCAAAAUGUAAUUGCAAUAUAUAUAUUAGCAAAGUCAUUCUUUAAUUUGCCAUUUUUAAACAUUGUUUUUUUUUUUAUUAAAAACAAAAAAAAAAGACCUAGAAUUACUUAGUUGCUUGAAUUAAAUUUCCUGCUAUACUCACAGAGCUUUAAUGCAUAUGUUCUGUUUGCUGUAAUGCCGGUAUCAUUGAGCAUACAGCGUUGAGAAUACAGUACAUACCGCCAUUUGAAUGAAGUUCACUUCCAUCACUUCACAGCAGCUGCUUGUGGCUGAAAAUAUGCAGUGCAUGAACAACAUAAUUGUAAACAAAGCUGCCGUAGCGUGUUUAAUAUAGUAAGGCACAAAUUCCCUUGUUGUGCUGGGGUAUUGUACAUUUAAAAUUGUUGCCCGUGUACAUUUUUUACUUGGUUUGCAUAACUGAUUUGGAUCUUGUCGAUCAGAAAAUCUAUUGAUGUCUCACUACGCGUUAAGAAACUUUUUUGGUGACACAUGCAAUCACAGCUGACUGAGACUAAUAUUCACACUAAAUUUAAGAUCACACUGAGAGCAGUUUAAGCAACAAAGAAAAUGCUUUAUUUCACGUGAAACACAUGUGAUUUUAAAUAUGUUACAUUCCUAAGGUUGCUGUUCUUUAAAUCCCCUUGUAAUAUAUGUGUUAUAUUGUAAUCAUUACUGUGAAAUAUGUAGUAUUGUUUGAACUGGGAUUGUUCCAUCAGUGGCAGAGAUCUGAUCUAGCCCUUACUGUUGUUGAUUCCCUAGUACAUUGAAAAAGUAAAUGAACCAUUAAUCUGUUGAAGUGAACUGCAAAUAUCCAGCUUACAUUCACAUACUGUGACAUCAUUAUCAUGUUGCUUCAAAAAACUGUGAUAGAUUUGUGUAGGUCACUUUUAAAUUGGUACUUAAUGAACUGAAAAUAUGAAAAGAAGUUUACUAUGUUGAUUAAACACAGUAUAUUGUGAAGCAAGAGACAAAAUAGCAACCCAUAGCUUUUGCAUGCAGGUGGACACAGCUGCUGAAUUUCCAAAGUACAAUCAAUAGAUUUCACUGCUGUUUACAUGCCACUUUAAACAAUUAGACAAUCGCCCCUCAAACUGUAUUGCUGUGCUCACAAAAGCAAAUUCCUCAAACAAAGCUCAGUUCUGUGCGGAAUCUAUUGACUUACAUUGUGUGAUUGACUGUAAAAGUGAAAUCUUGUAAAUGACAAUAAAAUGCAAACUAGUGUAGCAGCACAGUUCAAGAUUUGGAAGACUGCACUUACUUAUAGGUUAACAGCACAGCUGAAGUUACAUGCCAAGUUGUGCAGUGCCACCUUCACAAGAGGCAAGUCAAACACACUGCAGAUCACAUAGGUAACACCAUUUUAGUAGCACUUUGUAUUUAUCAAGAAUGGGGAGAAAAAAGUGUGUUACUUUUGAUGCAUGUAGCAAAGCUAACAGUUGUACUUUAAGGUACUAAUGUACAGCAUAAAAAGUGACAUUGGUAAGAACUGUGAAAUGCAACUUGUAUUGUCUAAUUGUACUGUGUACACUUUACAGUCAUUUUUAUUUUGAAGGAUAAAUAUAUUGUACAUUUUUUAGUCUGAGCACCUAGAGUUCCAUUUUAUUUUGAUUUGUGUUCUUUAUAUAUAUACUGUAACAUUGUAUAAUUCAAGACAAAUGCUCAGUCACAAGUUGAAGCAUUCGAUUUUCUUUAUUUAUUUGUUUUUUUAUUUAACAUUUUAUGUUUUUGGUAUACUCACAGCCAGUCUUUUUAGGUUUAGCUAUGCUGUAUAUGUGCUUUUCCCAGUGCCCUCCUAUACAACUAAAGCAAUUAAAAGAAUUGACAAUAAUAAAAAAUAAAAAAGAAACCAUUAUUCUUUUGGUGUAUUUUUUUUCUUUUGAGACUGUUCUUUGUGACAUGUCAGUCAUUUUUUAUAUCUUGAAUAUAGAGUACAUGCCAAGGUUAACCAGUCAGUAACAAACCUGCCAAUUUCAGCAAAAGUAUGUGCUGUAUAUAUCAGGUGUUACCAUUUGUUUGUUUGUUUAUUGUUCAACCGAUGUAUGUCAUAUACUGUAAACUGUUUGCAUUGAAUUUAGGAUUUGGAAUAUGUCUUCAUUGCAUAAUAAAGGAGUUGUAUGCAAA